UGCAGUUGCGGCGGCUUCGUUUCUGACAAAUAUAAUCUUUCCAAAUAAAUUGCUCGCCGUAAAACUAACUAAAUUUAUAUAAACAUUAGGUACGCACAGCGUUAACCAAGGAGAAAUUGACGAAGGCACACGCAUUCACAUACGCACAAUUUCACAUACAUUAACACACACAUACACACACGCAUUCGCAGCACACAACACAAAUACAAACACAGAAGCCUGCUGAUUAAGCAUUGCCGAGUGAGAGAGAGAGAGAGAGAGAGAGAGCCCAGCGGCCUGCAGCAACUUUUCUAUUUGGAAAAGCAAAGUCAGCAAUAGACUAAAGAACGCACAUGGGCGUCAGGAUGGAAUCGGAUGAUUCGGCUUCCAGUUCGGGUUCCAAUUCGUCAAGCUCAUCACCAACAAAUUCAAGACCUGCCACGCCUAUCAAAGAGUUAGGCGACGGCGGUGGCAGCGCCGAUGGCGGCGGCGGCGGCCACAUUGAAAACGUUGGCAACGUUCAAGCGAAUCCACUUGGACGUCGCCUCUCGACUAGCAGUUCCUCAUCCACGUCCAGCUCGAGCUCAAGCGCCAGCGUUCGCUCUAAGAACAAAAAGAAAAGCUCGAGCAGCAGCAGCGGCAGCGGCAGCAGCGGCUCCAGCAGCAGCAGCUCCAGCGAUGAAGAAACCGAUGGACCCAGCAAGUCAGCUACGCCCAUCAAUGUGGCCGCAGAGGCUGCACAAGUUCCAGAAAUCACAGAGUCCAAGGAGCAAUCACAAAGCGAAAAGCAGCAGCAGCAGCAGCAGCAGCCGCAGCAGCGCAGUCCUAGUCUCAGUCGCAGUGGCAGUCGCAGCCACAGUCGCAGCCGCAGCCGCAGCCGCAGCAAUAGCCCCGAGCAAUUAUAUAAUCAGGCAGCAGUCGAUCUAAACAUCAGCCAUGAGGAUCUGAGCGAUGUUAGCGACAUAGAAACGUGCGAGAAGCGUGCUCCAUCCAAGAACUCAAUGCACGCUGAUGGCGAUGAAGAUGAUGAGGAGGGCGCGCUGUCCAAUGACGAGUCGAUGUCGCCGCAGCAAAGCAAUGGCAAAGAGCGCGCCGCGGAGGAGAAAGAACAACAACAGAUACUGUUCAAUGAGCUGGAGCAGAGCGUGAAGGACUCAAAGCCACCGGAAUGCGCUAAUGGUCUAAUUGAUCUGGUCAAGGGCGACGAUGACGAUGCGCUGGACUUUGAGGCCGAGGAGGGCGAAUGCCCAGAGCUCAGCAAGGAAACUGACGCCGAUCUGGAAGCUGAUGCUGAUGAGCAGCAGCAGCAGAAGCAGCAAAAUGCAGCAGGCGGCGGCACUGCCAAUGGCAAUGCCAACAACAACGAAGCCAAUCAAAAGUCGAGCACAGAUCAAACGGAUGAUGAUGAGGAGAACAGCGGCACAGGGGAUGGCGCUGCACAAAAGAAAAAGAAAAAAGACGACGAGGAGCUGGAGGAGGGCGAAGUAUCGGAUGAGGAUGAGAAGCGACCCGAGGAGACGGAACCAAAGCCCGUCUGUCGCUUCUAUACGCGUGGCCAGUGCACCUGGGGCAUGAGCUGCCGCUUUCUGCAUCCGGGCGUUACCGACAAGGGCAACUACACCAUGUUCGAGAGUCUGGUGCGGUCGGUGCCGAUGGGACAGGCUGGUGCUGCAGCUGGCAGCGGCGGCGCUUCGGGCGCCAGUGGAAGUGCAACGCGUGCUGGUGGCAGCAGCGCCUAUGGUGCACAUGCUGGCAGCGCCGCCGCUGCUGCUGCGGAUUAUCACGAUUAUCGCAACGAGCGUCCGGCCAUGUUGCAUCAUCGAGGCGCCGCCGGCUUGCAUCAUGCCUAUGCCGCGGCUGGCAGUGCGGCAGCUCAUCAUGAUGCACGCGCUGGGCUGCUCAUCAACGAUGUGCCCGUUGUGGUGGAGAAUGCCUGGGAGCGUGGCCUGCGCACCGCCAAGGAAAUGAUGCGCAAGGCGAGCAAGCGCAAGGAGCAGGACAUGGACUUUGAGGAUAAGAAAAUGAAUCUAACACUGUCGCCCGAUGAGCUGGAAAAGGAUCCGUAUUAUAUGAAAGAUCGCGCCAGUUCGCCCGGCGUGGUCGUGCGCGGCGGACCUGGUCCAGCUGGUGUGCCCGAUCUGCCACCUGGCGCCGCUGCCAAUCCUCAUGUCAAUCCACGUGCACUGCUGCCCGCGGUUUACUCCAUGUAUGCGCCGCCAGAUCGCUAUCGCUACAUGCCCAUGCCCUACGAGGAUGUCGAUGUCUAUGGACGCAUGGCUCGCUAUCGGGAGCUGCCGCCACAUCGCAUGCCCCAGUAUGAGGACGAUCGUCGCUUGCGGCCAACGCGCGAGGUCAUCGUGCAACGUGUCGAGGCUGUCGGUCGUGGCGAUGAGUGGAGUGAUCCUUGGAUGCGCUCCAAGUCGAUGGGCCGUGGCGGCUCCUAUGACCGCGACGAUCGCCGUCGUCGCGAUCGUCGCAGCUACAGCAGCAACUCGUCCUAUUCCAGCUCCAAUAGCUCACAGAGCGACACCAGCUCGGACUCGUCGCGCUCCAGCAGCGGCUCCGACCACAAGCGUCGCUACAAUACAAACAAAAUGUUAUCCGCCUCGCGUCGCCAUGCGGCACGUCCCGCACGCUCGCCCAGCCAAAUACCCAGACGACCCAGACGUUCACCCAAGGGCAGCACCUCGCCUGCAUAUAAACGCGCAGCGCCUGAGAAACGCAGCGCAGGCAUGAGUAGUCCUGCGUCCAAGCGCAAGAAGCUGUCGUCGCCGGCGCCCAAGAAGUUCGACAAGCUGCGUCGACGUCGCAGCUCCAGCUCCUCAGACUCGGACUCAUCAGACACAUCCUACUCAGACUCGGAGUCGGGCUCCUCCAGCUCAGACAGCUCGAGCGGCUCACAUGAGACGCCACAGAAGCGUGUGCGUGCCACAGACAAGGCGCUCAAUGAGCGCAAACUAAACAAGAAACCAACUGAACAAUCGGCAAAGAAGCGUUCACCCAUUUCCAUUGAGAUUAAGAAGCAAUCGAACGUGGUGGGCGUCUCGGCGCUUGCCUCGCCCACACAAGCAGCAGCAGCGGCAGCAGCAGCAGCAACAGCAGCAGCAGCAGCUGACUCGGACAAAGAGAAGGACAAAGAUAAGGACAAGGAUAAGGAUGGCAAAAAGUCGCGGCGUGAGGAGUUGCUUAAGCAGCUGCGCGCUGUUGAGGAUGCCAUUGCCAAAAAGCGUUCCAAGUUAACCUGAUACCCCACGCCCCUCCCAACGCCCACGCCCAUGCCCAUGCCCAUGCCCACUAGAGUCGCUUGCCACGCCUCGUACGCCCAUACAUACUCGCUUCUGUUCUUUAUUGUAUUUCUAUGUUUCGCUUGGCGGGCGACAACCUGUGGCAUGCAUCAUGAUGCACCCUCGCGCCCUCGCUGGGGGUUUCCUCCACUCCUCCCCGCAUCCUCUAGAGCAACACAUUCACAUCGCAAUCGGAUAUUGUAUCGGUUGUCAGUUCAAAACAAAACAAUUUAAAACAAAUCAGAAUGCAUUUAGGUUUAAACUUUUUAUCGUCUCCAUCGAUUAUUACGAACUAUAUAAAAAUAC